AUGGUGACGUUGAUUCACUACCGACUCAAGGUGACUUUGAACGACGGUCGAUCCCUUGUCGGUCAGAUGUUGGCGUACGACAAGCACAUGAAUUUCGUACUUGCGGAGUGUGAAGAGUUCAGGACUGUAAAGGGAAAGAAGACGAAGAGCACGCCAGCGGGUGAACCAGCUCCAAGUGUACAGCAAAAGCGAACGCUCGGUCUGGUUAUCUUGAGAGGAGAGACAAUUGUGUCGGUAUCUGUAGAGGGACCUCCCCCAGUGCAAAAGGAUGAUGGAUCUUUGUUAGCUGGACCAGGAAAAGGUGUACCUGCCGGAAGAGGAAUGCCUCUGGGUGCUGGUGCUCCUGGAGCGAUGGCUGCUCGUCCUAUGGCUUACGCUCGACCUCCUCCUGGUUUCCCUUCCGGUAUGCCUGGUCUUCCACCUGGAAUGCCACCUGGAUUCCCAGGUGGUGCUCCUGGUCUUCCACCCGGGAUGCCUCCUCCUGCUGGUAUGCCCCCUGGGUUCCGACCUCCCGGUUUCCCUGGUGCUCCAGCAGGUUUACCGUUCCCUCCUGGACAAAUGCCUCCCGGGUUCCGUCCGCCUCAAUAG